ACCUCAAUGUAAAGCGCUUUUGAGACAAGUGGCUUACAAGCCCGUUCCCGUUGCAGUGAUUGUGCGUCCCGGUACUCAACCAGUGGUGCAAAAGGUUCCGCAAAACGGGGGCUAAAUCAGAUAGUAGAUUCUGCAUAACAGAAAGAAGUUACGCCCAAAUUACGCCCAACGCCCGUUGGGACUAAAUCGAUCAACUAAAGCUCACUCUCUCUCUCUCUACCAGUAGUGAUUCAUUCACAACUAUCAGAUUAGGUUUGAAGGUGAAGAACGCAGAGAACAGGCUUGCAAGACGCUGAUUCAAAGCAUGUAUUAGGUGUAAAAGGACCGGUAUGGAUUUUAAUUCCGGUGGCGAGGCUCCUGCUAUACUGCAGUUGCGGAAAUGGGACCCACCUGGAGUUCAACUAAACCUAUCAGAAUUCCGUGAAGCUUUCAUUUCUCCAACAAGGGAGCUUUUGUUAUUGCUUUCCUAUCAAUGUGAAGCUUUGCUGCUUCCUCUAGUAAAUGGGGAAUCUAUAAAUAGUAAGAAUUCUGAAACUGGUUGUUAUGAGAAUAUUCAGAAUCUUGGUUCUUUAGCUUCUGGUUCACCAGAGUUGGCCGCGCCUAGUAGGUCAGUUCCAAGGGAGAACAUUUCAAGCACUUCCGAAUCAAUAAAGAUGGUUUCUGAAAAUGAUUUUUCUGUUGACAUUAAUUUUUCAAGAUCUAAUAAUUACCCUUUUCUUGGUGAUGUAAACUCAUUGUCUUGGGGUAUAUGUGGGGAUAACUAUAAUCAGCAUGAGGAGGCCUCAUUUAGAGAAUUACUUUUCGUGUCUGGCAACCAUGGUGUGACAGUCCAUGCUUUUCGUCAAUCCCAAGGAACCAGUGGGAUGAUCAAACCCUCAUCAGAGGGUGAGACUGGAGAAGGGAUGUGGGUGGAAUGGGGGCCUUCUACUGCCUUACCCCACAAUAAGGUGGCACCGGUACACUCUAGCGUGGGUUGUGAAGCCCCUGGAGAUGUCCUGGAUGUAAAGAGGACCAAUGGAACUAAGGAAAGUCUGGAUAGUCUUUGUGCGGAAGCUGAAGACGAUGAGUUGUCAAGAAGUGUUCCUCCAAAGCGAUUUUUGCAAACUUUUUUGAUCGAAGCUGAAACUAUGAAAUCUGAUGGUAAAAUUUGGACAAGGUUCCCAGAGAAGUCGUCAUUUCCUUCCUCAGCAAUGGUUGUUUCGUUUAGCAUUUUUGAUAGUAAUUCGCCUCUUUUGGACUUACUUUGUCAUGGCAGUACUGUGUCGCAUGAAAAAGAGAGCUGUAGUAAAUCUGUUUUAGAUCAUGUGAAUAAUACAUCUACAAAGUCAGAUACGAGCUCCUCCAGCAAAGUACUUAAACCUGAUGCUUUGUCUGACUCUUUGAGUGGUGGAAUUAGUGGUUCAUACAAAUGCUCUCGGGUGUUCUCUAGCAAUUCACAUCAUUUUAUUGGAUUUGCCUUAAAAUUGGUGGAUCCUGUAUCUGUCAACACAAGUGAUUUACGUGAAAAGAACUGGGACAAAAAUUUACUUGUUGUUGCCAAAUUAGAGAGGUGGGGCAUACAGUGGGUUUGUUUGGUGAAGCUUGAUGAAAUUAUAGACAGGGACCCAGUGGUUGAGUGGACGGACUUUGGAUUUUCUGAUACCUUUCUUAUUUGUCUUAAUGCUGCUGGAUUAGUUUUAUUUUAUGGUGCUAUGACUGGUGAGUAUGUAGCGCAUUUAGAUAUUUUACAAAUUUGUGGACGUCAUCCUCAAUUAAAUUUUCAGGAGCAAGAAAAAUUAGUUACGGAAGGUGAUUUGGCUUCCAGAGGUGCUGAUAUUGUAAAUAAACAAGAUACGGUUAAUAGCAAGUCAUUUUGUCAAACUGGUGAUUUUGUUGGUAAAAGAAUGUUUAGAAGGCUGCUUUUUGCUUCACACACCUCACUCUUAGCCGUAAUUGAUGAUUAUGGUGUAAUUUAUGUAAUACGAGGCGGCGACCAUAUGCCAGAGAAGUAUUAUUCAUUUGAGAAAUUGCUUCCCAAUUUUCAGCAUAUAGGUCUUGGAACAUUGGUUGGUUGGGAGGUUGGUGGUGCUGAAAUAAGCCACCAAAGGUUAUUUUCUGAUAUUUCAGGUUGUCAUAAUUCAAAUGUGGAAUCCAUAAGGAAUAAAAGUUCAUCCUUUAUGGAUGUCUUUAAUGAGCUUUACAAAAUCCAGGAAAAGCGUCUUAAGGAGAAGGGCUGUCAGCGUGAUUCAUUUACGAGUGGUUUUUCUUCUGCUUCCCAAAUGAUGGAUCAAAGGUUUUGUGUUUCUCAGUUAUCAUCACGCCUUAUGAGAGAAAUCUUUCUUCCAACAGAUAAAUUUAGUGAAGAUGAUAUUGUUUGUUUUUCUCCUUUUGGAAUCACUCGGCUCAUUAGAAAGCAAAAUGGAAAGGACAAAAGAAGUCAGAUUGUUCAUUCCCAUUUGCAUGUAGACUCAGUAGUGAAUGAUGACCAGUACUUUAACCUCCAAGGUUGGGAUGCCUCUAUUGGAGAAGCCGUUGGUUGCACUUUCCUGGGAUGUUUUUAUUUGGUGACAGAGGCUGGUCUUUCAGUAGUUCUUCCUUCAGUACCAGUUUCUAAAAAUUUUCUUCCUGUUGAAGCUAUUGGAUAUCGACAACCAAGCAUCGGUACUGACACUGGGCAUCAAAUUGGGGACCUUUUGGAAGUGAAGGGAUUGAAACAGCCUUGGUCACCUUGGAAAGUAGAAGUUUUGGAUAAAAUUCUUUUAUUCGAUGGUCCGGAAGAGGCAGAUUGCUUAUGCUUGGAAAAUGGGUGGGACUUGAAAAUUUUCCGGAUGCGUCGCUUGCAAUUGGCUUUGGACUACUUGAAGUUUGACGAGAUUGAGAAUUCUUUAGAAAUGCUUGCUGGUAUCAAUCUGGCAGAGGAAGGCAUAUUGAGAUUACUCUUUGCUGCUGUUUAUUUGAUGUUCCAUAAAGUUAGCAGCGAUAAUGAGAUUUCUGCUGCAUCAAGGCUUCUCGUAUUGGCCACCUCCUUUGCAACCAAAAUGAUACGUAAAUAUGGGUCGAUACAGCAUAAGAAAGAUGCAUUUCUGUUACAGGGAAUUAAGGGUAUGCGAAAUUGUUCUUCUCUAUUGGUGUUACCAGAGAGAGAACGUAAUGAAGCCAGAAAUUCUAGAAGGCUUCGGGAGAUGGCUCACUUUUUGGAGAUAAUCCGCAAUCUGCAAUGUCGGCUUAGUGCAAAAUUCAAAAGACCAGGUCAAGGAUUGGUGGAUGGUGCGGGGUCAUUAUGUUUGGUGGAUGCAAAUUCAUCACAGGAUAUCUCCAAGACUACAUUUCAAUCUGCAGAUACAUUAUUGUUUGAUACAUCAAACCAACAUGCACUUCCUAUUCCUGCAUCUAAUUUGGACUUUGACAACACUGAAAAUCUUGCUUUAAUGCCUAUGGAUUUCAAAGCCCAUUUGAAUUCAGAGAAUGUUGGUGGAGUAUCUGUCCUUGUGUCAGAAGGAAGUGUCAUGGGGAGGAAAUUUUUUUCCUUGGAAAAUCCUAAGGAUAUGAUUACACGUUGGGAAAUAGCUAAUUUGGACUUAAAAACUAUAGUCAAAGAUGCUUUACACUCUGGUCGUGUUCCUUUAGCAGUUCUCCAACUGCAUCUUCAUAGGUUAAGAGGUUCGGUUACUGACGAAGAGCCUCAUGAUACUUUCACUGAAGUUCGUGAUGUUGGAAGAGCUAUUGCUUAUGAUCUAUUCUUAAAGGGUGAAACUGGACUUGCUGUGGUGACUUUGCAAAAACUUGGCGAGGACAUUGAAAGCAGCCUUAAACAGUUGGUUUUUGGUACUGUUAGGAGGUCUCUACGGAUGCAAAUAGCUGAGGAGAUGAAAAGAUAUGGUUAUCUUGGACCACAUGACUGGAAGAUUUUGGAGAGGAUAUCACUUAUUGAGAGGGUUUAUCCAUGCAGUAGUUUUUGGACCACGUUUCAUGGCCGACAGAGAGAAUUCAUGAGAUCUCCCAGUAUAGAUUCACGAGGAGAAAUAAAUUUGCGGUUACUGCAUUCAAAUUUAUUAAAAAAUCUUAGCAUUGAAUGUGGUGAGAUUGACGGAGUCGCUUUAGGUUCUUGGGCGAAUGUCAAUGAACUUUCUGUCGUUCCUCCGGUUGAUGACGAUAGCACUCUUGCUGGUUACUGGGCUGCUGCAGCUAUCUGGUCUGAUUCUUGGGAUCAAAGAACUGUUGAUCGUAUAGUGUUGGACCAACCUUUUCUUAUGGGUGUUCAUGUACUGUGGGAAUCACAACUUGAGUACCAGCUGUGUCACAAUGACUGGGUGGAAGUUUCAAAACUCCUAGACAUGACUCCAUCAUCUUCAUUAUCUGGUGGGAACCUCCAAAUUUGUUUGGAUGGUUUACUAUCUGCUACAAGUGUUGGAUGCAAAGGAGAAGUUCCUGAUUAUGGCAACUAUAUAGGUUCUCUUGAAGAGUUAGAUAAUGUGUGCAUGGAUGUUCCAGAUGUCAGAAUUUUUAGGUUUUCAUCCAAUAAUAUGUGCUCCAUCUGGUUAAGAAGACUUGUGGAGCAGCAGCUUGCUAAGAAGUGUAUUUUUCUGAAAGAGUAUUGGGAAUGCACUGCAGAGAUAGUACCUCUUCUGGCCCGAUCAGGUUUCAUUACCAGCAAAAAUGAAACUUCAUCCAUGGACGAAUCCAUUGAUAGUUCAUCAGAUCCUAAUUUCUCAAAUAUUGGCGGAGUAUUUCACCCAGUUGCUUUCCAAGCUUUGCAUAAACUUGUUGUGCGUCACUGUGUGCAAUGCAACUUGCCAAACCUUCUGGAUCUUUACCUUGAUCACCACAAGUUGGCACUGGAUAAUGAGUCACUUUCUAUGUUGCAGGAUGCUGCAGGAGAUAGUGAAUGGGCAAAAUGGUUGCUCUUAUCAAGGGUUAAGGGACAUGAAUAUGAUGCAUCAUUCUCUAAUGCUCGCUCGAUUAUGUCACGUAAUUUGGUUCCUGGUAACAGUCUCAACAUUUUGGAGAUUGAUGAUAUAAUCCAUACUGUCGAUGACAUUGCAGAAGGAGGAGGGGAAAUGACAGCUUUAGCCACCUUAAUGUUUGCCCCUAUACCAGUUCAGGAUUGCCUGAGCUGUGGUAGUGUAAACAGGCACCGUAGCUCCUCGGCCCAGUGCACGUUAGAGAACCUUAGGCCAGCCCUCCAACGGUUCCCUACGCUGUGGCACACACUUGUAUCAGCAUGCUUUGGACAAGAUACAACUUGCAAUUUUCUAAGCCCUAAAGCCAGAAAUGUGUUUGGCUAUUCUAAUUUAUCAGACUACCUGAACUGGCGUGACAACAUAUUCUUCUCUGCUGGGCGCGAUACUUCACUUCUACAAAUGCUCCCGUGCUGGUUCUCUAAGGCUGUGCGGAGACUAAUUCAGCUUUAUGUUCAGGGUCCUCUUGGUUGGCAAUCACUUGCAGGUCUGACUACAGGAGAAUCUUUUCUACUCAGGGACAUCGAUUUUUUUGUUAAUGCUAAUGAACAUGCUGACAUCACUGCCAUGUCCUGGGAAGCUGCUAUACAAAAACAUGUUGAAGAGGAACUGUAUUCUUCUUCAAUUGAGGAAACUGGACUUGGACUUGAGCACCACUUGCAUCGUGGACGUGCAUUGGCAGCUUUUAACCAUCUCCUUGCUGUUAGAGUUCAAAAGCUGAAAUUAGAAAAUAUCCACAGAGGACAAGCCGGCACUUCACUGCAUGGGCAAACAAAUGUGCAAUUAGAUGUGCAAUCACUUCUUACACCUAUAACACAAAGUGAAGAGUCUCUUCUUUCAUCUGUCAUGCCACUUGCUGUUGCGCAUUUUGAAGAUUCUGUUUUGGUGGCUUCAUGUGCUUUUCUGUUGGAGCUAUGUGGUUUAUCUGCUAGCAUGCUCCGAGUAGACGUGGCUGCUUUAAGGCGAAUAUCUUCUUUUUACAAGUCCAGUGAUUACACUGAUCAUUACAAGCAACUUUCACCUAAGGGUCCUUUUCAUUCAAUAUUCCAUGAGGGUGAUAUUGCACAUUCUCUUGCUCGGGCAUUGGCUGAUGAUUAUGUGCACCAUGAUAAUUCCAGCACCAUUAAAAGAAAAGGAAAUCUAAAUACCAUUACUAGUAAACAACCUUCCCAAACUCUCAUGCUUGUCCUGCAGCAUUUGGAAAAAGUGAGUCUUCCGCAGUUGGCUGAAGGGAAGACAUGUGGUUCUUGGUUAUUAAAUGGCAAUGGUGAUGGACCUGAGUUACGGUGUCAGCAAAAAGCUGAAAGCCAGCACUGGAAUUUAGUUACAGUUUUUUGUCAGAUGCAUCAGAUUCCCUUGAGCAUUAAAUACCUUGCUGUAUUAGCAAGGGAUAAUGACUGGGUUGGGUUUUUAUCAGAAGCUCAGGUUGGGGGAUAUUCUUUUGAGAUAGUAAUCCAAAUAGCAUCAAAAGAGUUUAGUGAUCCACGUCUAAAAGUUCACAUAUUAACAGUUUUGAAAGGACUGCAGUCAAGAAAGAAAGUUAACUCCUCAUCAAGCCCAGAUACUGCAGAAAAAAGAAGUGAAUUAUCCCUUUCAGAUGAAAAUACUUAUAUCCCUGUUGAACUCUUUGGAAUUCUUGCGGAGUGUGAAAACCAGAUAAAUCCUGGACAGGCCCUUCUGUUGAAAGCGAAGGACUUGUGCUGGUCUAUUUUGGCAAUGAUUGCAUCAUGUUUUGCAGAUGUUUCUCCAAUGUCCUGCCUAACAGUUUGGCUGGAAAUAACUGCUGCAAGAGAGACUUCAUCCAUCAAGGUGAAUGACAUUGCUUCCCAGAUUGCAAAUAAUGUUGGUGCAGCUGUGGAAGCUACAAAUUCCCUUCCAACGGGUAGUAGAGCCCUUACAUUUCAUUACAACAGGAGAAAUCCAAAACGUAGGCGGCUUAUGGGACCAUUGUCAAUGGAUUCUUUGACUUCCUCUGCGUCUGAUGUUUCUUGUACUUCUGAUAGUACUAAAGUAUUUGCUGCCCAAGGCAUUAUUGCUGACGAGGAAAGGAAAAAACAAGUUGGUGAAGAUCUUAAAGUUUCAAGUGAUUCUGAUGAAGUGCAUAUUUCUUUGUCGAGGAUGGUUGCAGUGCUGUGUGAACAACACUUGUUUCUUCCUUUGCUAAGGGCUUUUGAAAUGUUCCUUCCCUCAUGUUCUCUUUUACCUUUUAUUCGUGCUCUUCAGGCAUUUUCGAAAAUGCGCCUGUCUGAAGCUUCUGCACAUCUGGGAUCCUUUUCUGCAAGAAUUAAGGAAGAAUUUCCACAUAUCCAGACAAACGUAGGAAGAGAAGGGCAGAUUGGAACUUCAUGGAUAAGUUCAACUGCUGUGAAAGCUGCUGAUGCGAUGCUUUCAACAUGUCCAUCACCUUAUGAAAAAAGAUGCUUAUUACAACUUCUUGCUGCAACCGACUUUGGUGAUGGGGGAUCUGCUCCAACAUAUUAUCGACAACUGUACUGGAAAAUUAAUUUAGCAGAGCCUUCAUUACGCAACGAUGAAGGUCUACAACUAGGAAAUGAGACUUUAGAUGAUGCUUCACUUCUGACUGCUUUAGAAAAGAAUGGGCACUGGGAACAAGCACGCAAUUGGGCCAAGCAAUUAGAGGCAAGUGGUGGGCCUUGGAAGUCUGCUGUACACCAUGUUACUGAAACUCAGGCUGAGUCGAUGGUGGCAGAGUGGAAGGAGUUUCUUUGGGAUGUCUCAGAAGAGAGGGUUGCUUUAUGGGGCCACUGCCAAACACUGUUUCUGAGAUAUUCCUUCCCUGCAUUACAGGCAGGAUUAUUUUUUCUUAAACAUGCAGAAGCCGUGGAGAAAGAUCUCCCAGCAAGAGAGCUCCACGAAUUGUUGCUUCUUUCUCUACAAUGGUUAAGUGGGAUGAUAACCCUGUCUAAUCCAGUUUAUCCAUUGCAUCUUCUGCGAGAAAUCGAGACUAGAGUGUGGCUCCUAGCAGUGGAAUCAGAAGCUCAGGUGAAGGGUGAAGGAGACUUCACUUUGACCAAUUCCAUCCGUGAACCUGGAACUGGAAAGAGCUCCAAUAUUAUAGACCGGACGGCUAGCAUUAUAACAAAAAUGGACAAUCAUAUGAAUUCAAUGAGGAUUAGAACUGCUGAGAGGAAUGAUGUGAGAGAAAAUAACCAGACACAUCACAGGAUCCCACAGGUUGUCGAUGCUAGCUUUUCAGCUACUGUCGUGGGGAGUGCAAAGACGAAACGGAGAGCCAAAGGCACUGUGUCUUCAAGACGGCCUUUAAUUGACACAGUGGAUAAAAGUGCUGAUUUUGAAGAUAGCUCUGGUCCUCUCAGUUUCAGGAAUGACUUGCAUUUGCAAGAUGAAAACGGUAGAAUGGAAUCAUCUUUUUCAAGGUGGGAGGAAAGGGUUGGGCCUGCAGAGCUAGAAAGGGCUGUUCUUUCUUUAUUGGAGUUUGGCCAAAUAACAGCUGCCAAACAACUCCAACAUAAGCUGUCUGCUGCACACAUACCGUCUGAAUUUGUACUGGUAGAUGCUGCUCUAAAACUUGCAGCUAUCUCAACUCCUAGUAGUGAAGUAUCCAUAUCACUGGUGGAUGAGGAAGUACAUUCAGUUGUUCAGUCGUACAAUAUACUGACUGACCACCAUAUGGUUAACCCACUGCAGGUAUUGGAGAGCUUAACAUCCAUCUUUACCGAAGGUAGUGGGCGUGGACUAUGUAAGAGAAUAGUAGCAGUUGUAAAAGCUGCAAAUGUGUUAGGUCUUUCAUUCUUGGAGGCUUUUGAUAAGCAACCAAUUGAAUUGCUACAACUGCUUUCUCUUAAAGCACAAGAUUCGUUUGAGGAAGCAAAUCUUCUAGUUCAAACUCAUUCUAUGCCAGCCGCCAGUAUUGCUCAAAUUCUUGCAGAAUCCUUUUUAAAGGGUUUACUAGCUGCACAUCGUGGGGGGUAUAUGGAUUCACAGAAGGAGGAAGGACCUGCUCCUCUAUUGUGGAGAAUUUCAGAUUUCUUGAAGUGGGCAGAGCUUUGUCCCUCUGAACCGGAAAUUGGCCAUGCAUUGAUGCGUUUAGUGAUUACUGGACAAGAAAUACCGCAUGCCUGUGAGGUUGAGCUUCUUAUUCUGUCCCACCAUUUCUACAAGUCAUCAGCUUGUCUUGAUGGAGUUGAUGUUCUUGUGGCCCUUGCAGCAACCAGGGUAGAGGCUUAUGUGUCUGAGGGUGAUUUUCCAUGUUUGGCUCGUCUAAUAACUGGAGUUGGAAACUUCCAUGCCCUUAAUUUCAUACUUGGAAUUCUUAUAGAAAACGGUCAGCUGGAUCUUCUUCUCCAGAAGUAUUCAGCUGCUGCUGAUGCAAACACGAGCACUGCUGAGGCUGUAAGAGGAUUCCGAAUGGCUGUUCUCACAUCACUGAAGCAUUUCAACCCAAACGAUCUCGAUGCAUUUGCUAUGGUUUAUAAUCACUUUGACAUGAAACAUGAAACAGCUUCUCUUCUAGAGUCACGAGCUGAGCAAUCAUCUCAGCAGUGGUUCCUCCGUUAUGACAAGGACCAGAAUGAGGACCUCCUAGAAUCCAUGCGUUAUUUCAUUGAAGCUGCUGAAGUUCACUCCUCUAUUGACGCUGGCAAUAAAACACGUACCGCUUGUGCGCGUGCAUCCCUUGUCUCCCUUCAAAUUCGAAUGCCAGAUUUCCAGUGGCUCAAUCUAUCUGAAACAAAUGCCCGGCGAGCCCUUGUUGAGCAGUCUCGUUUCCAGGAGGCACUUAUUGUUGCAGAAGCCUAUGGUCUUAACCAGCCAAGUGAGUGGGCCCUGGUACUUUGGAAUCAGAUGCUCAAACCAGAGCUUACUGAACAGUUUGUGGCUGAAUUUGUGGCCGUGCUUUCUCUCCAAUCUACGAUGCUUGCUGAUCUUGCAAGAUUUUAUAGAGCUGAGGUAGCAGCCAGAGGGGACCAGUCCCAGUUUUCAGUAUGGUUAACAGGAGGAGGGCUGCCGGCAGAGUGGCAAAAGUAUCUAGGGAGAUCAUUUAGAUGUUUGUUGAAGAGAACUAGGGAUUUGAGAUUGCGGAUGCAGCUGGGUGCGGUGGCCACUGGGUUUGCUGAUGUAAUUGAUGCUUGCACGAAGGCAUUGGAUAAGGUUCCCGAUAAUGCUGGACCACUAGUGCUGAGGAAAGGGCAUGGAGGGGCUUACCUCCCUCUGAUGUAAAAAGAGGUUUGAAUCAUAAAAGUGUUGAUUCUGACUGAAUGCUGUUGAUCAUAACAUCACAGGUGCUGAUGACGAUGAUGAACACUCCUUAAGUUUCGCGAAAAAGUGGUGCCAGUAUUUCAUGUGAAAAUCGGGGGCUGUUGUACAUUAGGUAGUAAGUGUUCUUUACCAGCUUCAGUGGAAAAGUUGAAGCUGAUACGAUUUGAUUUAGAGAAUAUAGGUAGGUUAGGUUACUGUAAAAUUAGUCCUGUAAGAAUCAUGGUUUUUUUUUUUUUUUU